AGCCAGCUGUCCCAGGCCCUGAAUGGACUUUCAGACAGAGCCAAAGAAGCCAAAGAAUUCUUGGUACAGCUACGAAACAUGGUUCAACAAAUCCAGGAGAACAGCGUGGAGUUUGAAGCUUGCCUGGUCGCCCAGUGUGAUGCCCUUAUUGAUGCUCUCAACAGACGGAAAGCCCAGCUGUUGUCACGGGUCAACAAAGAACAUGAGCACAAACUGAAGGUGGUACGUGAUCAGAUCUCUCACUGCACAGUGAAGCUGCGCCAGACAACGGGGCUGAUGGAAUACUGUCUGGAGGUCAUCAAAGAGAAUGACCCCAGUGGAUUCUUGCAGGUGACUGGUUUUUCUUUUUCUUUCCAGUUAGGGAAGUAUGGAUUGGCUCUUCUCAUGGCUUCGCGCCCACUGUGA